AUGUCCGGACAAACCCCCGAGAUGCCACCCGCGGCCCCCAGGCCAUCGGGAGUAAUCAAAUGUACUCUCGAAAGUCCACCCCCGAUGACCAGACUUCUGGUGGUGGCCGGACUUUCCCAUAGGCCCCCGGGGCUUCCCGGAAUUAUCCCCGAGAGGACUUCUCCUCCGCUCAGUCCCAUGGGUGUGACCGGACUUACAAACGAGAGGCAACCUCCGAUCCCCAUGCCAAUGAGGGCUCCAAGAGCCGAUAUUACUCCCAACUCCUUGGAUAGCAGGACUUACCCCCGAGAGGAUACCACUGCCCGCCCAGGAUCCCGGAGGUCUUCGGACUUAACCCCGAGUAGCCAUUCGAUUCCCAGGCCUCCGGGGAUGGCCAGACUUACAUCCGAGGAACCACUCUCGACCCCCAGUCCGCCUGAGAUGGCCGGAAUUAACCCCGAGAGACCAUCCUCGCCCCCCAGACCCGUAGAGGUGGACAGUAUAAUCACUAGACCCCUAGGGAUAGUCGGAUUUACUCCCAGGUCCCCGAGAGGACACUCCCGCCCCUAG